AUGCCAUCCAUCGAGUCAAGCCCCAGGACUCUGUACGACAAAGUCUUCCAAGACCAUAUCGUCAACGCGCAGCAAGAUGGCACCGUCCUCCUUUAUAUCGACAGACAUCUUGUCCACGAGGUCACAUCUCCCCAAGCAUUCGAGGGUCUGAAGAACGCCAAGCGGAAAGUUCGCCGACCGGACUGCACCCUUGCUACAACCGACCACAACGUCCCCACCACCUCGCGGAAGAAUUUCAAGAAUGUGGCAGAUUUUGUCAAGGAAGAGGACAGCAGAUUGCAGUGUACAACCCUCGAAGACAAUGUCAAAGAGUUUGGACUCACAUACUUUGGCCUGGGAGACAAGAACCAAGGCAUCGUCCACAUCAUCGGGCCCGAACAAGGCUUCACUCUGCCCGGCACAACCGUCGUCUGUGGCGACAGCCAUACCUCGACUCAUGGCGCGUUCGGCGCCCUGGCGUUUGGCAUUGGCACUAGCGAGGUCGAACAUGUCCUGGCCACACAGUGCUUGAUCACGAAGAAGAGCAAGAACAUGCGGGUACAGGUCGAUGGCCAGCUGGCACCCGGAGUUAGCAGCAAAGACAUAAUUCUGCAUGUCAUUGGUGUCAUCGGCACCGCCGGUGGCACUGGUGCCGUCAUCGAGUUCUGUGGUUCUGCAAUCCGAAGUCUCAGCAUGGAAGCUCGCAUGUCGAUCUGCAACAUGUCUAUCGAAGCCGGAGCAAGGGCAGGAAUGAUCGCCCCCGAUCAGACUACCUUUGACUACCUCAAGGGACGUCCUCUGGCUCCCAAGGUCGACAGCAAUGAGUGGAAGAAGGCAACCAACUACUGGGCCAGCUUAAGGUCCGACGAAGGAGCCAAAUACGACAUUGAGGUCUUCAUCGACGCCAAGGACAUUGCCCCAACAGUCACCUGGGGCACAUCGCCGCAGGAUGUCGUGCCCAUUACCGGCGUCGUCCCUAGCCCCGACGACUUUGAGGACCCGAACAGGAAGGCCAGCUGCAAACGGGCCCUCGAAUACAUGGGACUCACCCCAGGCACCAAGAUGGAAGACAUCGAGGUGGACAAGGUCUUCAUUGGCUCAUGCACGAAUUCCCGCAUUGAGGAUAUGCGUGCUGCCGCGAAGAUCGUCCAGGGUAAAAAGGUCGCACCAAAUAUCAAGCGGGCCAUGGUUGUGCCAGGUUCUGGCAACAUCAAGGCGCAGGCGGAGAGCGAAGGCUUGGACAAGAUCUUCCUGGAUGCCGGCUUCGAAUGGCGGGAGGCGGGCUGCUCAAUGUGCUUGGGCAUGAACCCUGAUAUCCUGUCACCGAGAGAACGCUGUGCCAGCACCUCCAAUCGCAACUUCGAAGGCCGACAAGGUGCUCUGGGUCGCACGCAUCUUGUAUCUCCUGUCAUGGCGGCGGCAGCGGCGAUUGUGGGCAAACUGGCCGAUGUGCGCAAACACAGCGACAGCCCCUCCCCAGCCAAAGCAGACCCUAAGCUUGACGUGAUGCCUGAAUAUGCUGAAGUGGACUCUGAAGAAGAACUUGACCGUAUCCUCGACAUCCCUACUGACGCAACAAGCACCGCCACGAAUCACGUUCAGGGAGCCGGUGCAGCAGGGGGUCUCCCCAAAUUUACCGUGCUCAAAGGUAUCGCGGCACCUCUCGAGAAAGCCAACGUGGACACGGACGCCAUCAUUCCUAAGCAAUUCCUCAAGACCAUCAAGCGCACAGGCCUCGGCUCCGCGCUCUUCCACCCCUUGCGCUACAAUGAAGACGGCAGCGAGAACCCGUCUUUCAUCCUGAACCAAGAACCAUAUCGCCAGGCCAAGAUCCUCGUGGUUACCGGCCCCAACUUUGGGUGUGGAUCUUCGCGAGAACAUGCCCCUUGGGCACUGCUGGACUUUGGGAUCAAAUGCGUCAUCGCGCCCAGCUAUGCAGACAUCUUCUUCAACAACACAUUCAAGAACGGCAUGCUGCCACUAGUCCUUCCCGACCAGGAGAAGCUCAACAAGAUCGCCGACGAGGCUCGCGCCGGUCAUGAGAUCGAAGUGGACUUGCCGAACCAGGUCAUCCGCGACGAGAAGGGCAACGAGCUUGCCCGGUUCGAGGUGGAGGAGUUCCGCAAGCACUGUCUCGUCGAGGGUCUCGACGACAUUGGCUUGACCAUGCAAAUGGAGGACAAGAUUGCGCAAUUUGAGGCCAAGAGGACCUUGGACACCCCGUGGUUGGACGGCAGUGGCUAUUUGAAGAAAUGGCGCAAGGGCCCCGUCAAGAUCGAGGCGGCACCCGUGCCCAAGACAAAUAGGGGCGAUGUCAAGACCGACCCAGUCGAAUGGUAG